CGGAGAUAUACAGACAUCACACAUCAUGCCAGCAAUUAAGAAGCGCAAGGUCGCCCAUGAGACACCCGAAGCUCACAGCGAUGCUGAGUCCACCAGCUCGAAACAAUCUGCUCCGGAGCAAGUGGAUGAAGUCGCCGAGAAGAAGCCGGUCACGACCUUCAAGGAACUCGGACUAAUCGAUCAAUUAUGUGAGGCCUGUGAGACGAUGGGAUACAAAGCACCAACGCCGAUUCAACGGGAGGCUAUCCCACUCGCUUUGCAAAACAGAGAUAUCAUCGGUUUAGCACAGACUGGUUCUGGUAAAACUGCGGCAUUUGCAUUGCCCAUCCUUCAGGCACUCAUGGAGAAGCCUCAACCCUUCUUCGGCCUUGUGCUGGCUCCUACUCGCGAGCUGGCUUAUCAGAUCACGCAGGCUUUCGAAGCCUUGGGAUCUGUGAUCGGUCUGAGAGCCGUGACUAUAGUGGGUGGAAUGGAUAUGCUCAGUCAAAGUAUCGCCAUCGCAAAACGGCCGCACAUCCUGGUCUGCACGCCAGGCCGACUUCUGGAUCACCUCGAAAACACGAAGGGAUUCUCUCUCCGCUCGCUGAAAUACUUGGUUAUGGAUGAAGCCGAUCGUCUGCUGGACAUGGACUUCGGCCCACUCCUAGAGAAGAUCCUCAAAGUCCUCCCACGGGAGCGCAGAACAUUCCUCUUCUCCGCGACGAUGAGCUCGAAGGUCGAAUCCCUCCAGCGAGCCUCCCUCUCCAACCCUCUGCGUGUCUCCGUGCAAAGCGAAAAUUCCAAGUACUCGACCGUCUCCACCCUCAUCCAGUCCUACCUCUUCAUUCCCCAGAAACACAAGGACCUGUAUCUCGUCUACCUGUUGAAUGAGUUCGCCGGCCAAUCAACAAUCAUCUUCAUGCGCACUGUUCACGAGACCCAGCGUAUCGCCUUCCUGCUCCGCGCGCUUGGAUUCGGCGCUAUCCCACUGCACGGCCAACUCUCCCAAUCGGCGCGCCUGGGUGCGCUUGGCAAGUUCCGCUCCAAGAGUCGCAAUAUCCUCGUCGCCACGGACGUUGCGGCUCGUGGUCUGGACAUUCCCAGUGUCGAUGCUGUCAUUAACUAUGAUUUACCUACCGACUCCGCCAGCUACGUCCACCGAGUUGGUCGAACCGCGCGUGCCGGAAAAUCCGGCAAGUCCGUCUCAUUCAUCAGCCAAUACGACAUCGAGCUGUGGAUGCGAAUCGAGAACGCCCUCCAGAAAAAAUUGCCCGAGUAUGACUGUCCGAAGGACGAGGUGAUGAUGUUGUCAGAUAAUGUUUCCGAGGCGCAAAGACAGGCGAUCAUGCAGAUGAAAGACUACGACGAGAAGAAAGGCAACAAGACCGGGAAGAAGUUUGGAAAAGGGAAGCGGUCUCGGGAUGAGAUGGAUCAGGAGCAGGGCUAGAGUAGAGCAUGCAUGCUUUCGUCUCUUCUUUGCCCUGCUACUAUCGUUCGAGGAGUUAUGGGAUCUUGUGUUUUGAGGACUCGUGUAGACUCGGAAUGCGAUAUCUGAUGGAUCUUUUCGUCUACUUCUAUUCUUUGUUGAUUACUUUCUGAAAAUACUUCUCACGCCCGGAUUCAAUACCCACAUGAUGAUUUUUUUUAGUCGAU